CAGCAAAAAGGAAGAGGAAUCAAUAUUGUAGACAGUCUGUGUAUUCCUCUGGAUGUCUUUCAUGGCUGAAAGAACAACAGACCAUCUACAUACAUCAUUUCAUUGAUAUUUGAGAUAUUGACUGACUGAAAGCAUUGAGCCAAUGACAUGGUUUGUUACAGACGGAGUUAUCUUACAGCAACAAGGACCGAACGGUAUCUUUAUGGUCGUGUGCAGUACAUGUAAGCUCUAGGGAGGUGUAUUCACAGCUAUAUACUUAAACUGACGAAUGCAAGUUGGAGAUGGAAAAAUGCACAUUUUGUGCAUUGCUCAACUUGUUCACGUUAACAAGCUGUCUUAACACGUGUUUUGAUGUCGAGGCACAUUUGAGUAAAAAUAUAUAUAAGCUUAAAUUGAUGCAGUAUUUUCUGCAUUAUUUCUUAUUAAAGUUAAAAUGUAAUUACUUGAAAUAGACAAGCUAUUGGUCCCCUUUAAGAACCACAUAUAUCUUCACCUUUGGUCACUUUUAAAAUAUAUCCACCCUCUCAUUAUAUCACAAUUUAUUUUGCAGAUGAGUGAUAUUUUUCAGGCUGAUUAAUAUUAAACAAUUUGAGCAUGUGGGUCUAUAAUUACCGUGAAACAGCAGAGAGGCGCUGUGAGAAAAGAUGGGAGGACCAUGAGGUGGAUGUCGCUCAUCGCUUGAGGAAGUACUUGGGAAUUAUGAAAUGACAUCACCACAGUUUUUGCCUGGCUUUGUUUGGUGCUUCUCGUGACCACGCCUUCCUGCCAGCCCCACCAUAAAGCAGCCAGGCCGUGUGCGUGUGCACCAGUUGAACUCCAGUCUUUGUGGACAACAGGUGCACUACAGCAGCCCCUCUCCACCCCGCUGUUGGAUAAUGCCCGCAGAGCGCCGCUCGUCGCUUUGCGCAGGGCUUCCCUCAUCAUCUGCACUUUGAACAUUUGCACGUUUUUGUAUCCCGAUCACUUCCAGCCACAAAAAUGCCUUUUCCGCCCAUCAGCCUCCACCAGCGGAUCUCCUCUCCGGGCAGGGAUCUAUUCGGGAAAAAGAAAGCCAACGGAGUGCCUCCUCACACUGAGCACACCAGCAAAUCCGGCGGAGAGAAAGGAUCCGAUAAAGAGAAGCAGUCUAUUUCCUGGACGUCGGCGAAUUUAAGGAAUUUGGGGCGAAGAGCCCAGCAAGAGAAGCGUAAAAGCUCAGCUGAGAAGGCAGGUGCCGGUCAGGAGACGCAGGAAAAGAGCUCCUGGCUGACUGUACCAAAACCUCAGGACUCGUUCGAGAGAGUCAGGCGCUCCAGCUCCAUGGACUCCGCCAGACACCUCAACGGCAAAGAGGAAGGGAAGAAGGAGAUUCAGUUCACCCUCAGUCUCACCCCUGAAGCCAUUCUUGUCAUCCAAAAACGGAAUCUAGAAAAGCAGAUGAUGGCAAAGCAACAGAAGUGUUGCGCCUCCGCGGACUUUCGCCACAGGCGAGUUUUUCCAUCCAAAAAGACGCACGGAACGUCCAAAGGCUGCGCUCCUGUCGCCAAAGUGGAAUGCGCCGAGCAGGACAUCACCGCCAUCGUUAAGAUAUCGCUGCUGAAUGAUCAAUACAAGUACGACGACGUGGAGUAUGAAGAAGAGGAUGGAGACGUGGAUGAGACUGUCGUGAGGAAAUGUAAAGAGUGGCUCAAAGGGGUCGAAAAUGCCGCUGCUUUGGGACAAGUCGACAAACUUUCUGCACUCCCGCACCUUAAAGGCUGCUGACACCUGACUUUUGAACUUUCUUUUUCUUUGUUUACACUGCAGACUGAAGGAAUGAUGGACUCGUGAAAAGCGUGUGCCGAUGUAGGCCCGCUGCGAUGGCAUCUUACAUUUGAGUAUUGUAAAUGAAACGUUCGCAAAAGAAAAAAAAUCCACUCCAGAGGAAUGUUAAUUUGUUUCGGAGUAAUAUGCCUAGAUAGAUGUCACAAAAAAAUUACACUUAUUGAAGAAAGUGAAAAUAAGUAAUCUGCAUUGGACAUUUGGCAUUCAACAGAAAUAAGAUAUUAAAGCUGAAUUGCAACCAACAGUGCUUCUUAUGGUUCACAGGGACUUUGCUUUUGCGAGUUUAAUGCCUGUUCAAUGUUACAGUUUGAACUGAAUACCUUAAUGUUGUUGUCCUUUGCACAUGGUUUUUGUUUUCAGUGGGGCGCCUGUGGAUUGGCAGUGGGGUUUGCGUAAAGGGACGUGAAACUGUUCCUUUGUGCUGGAGAACAAUAUACGCUGUCAACAACAGGGCUUUACAUGCUGCUGAAACCAAACUGGACUGUUUAUUCUUUCCUCUAGUAAGAGGGUUAUAUCCUUUUGUAGGGAUUUAUCAGCGAUGUACAGUAUUUAAUAUUUACUAAAUAUUUGUACUGUCAAAUGUUUUCUCAAUUGAUGACUUUAUGGCAUUUGAAGUAAAAUUGUUGUUGUUUUUUUAAUCAUGCAAGUGUCACUGACUCUUUUAAAUCUUUUUAAACUGUUUAAAGUGUUGUUGCUCUUGAAUGAUUCUGUUACAUGAUGCUGAUUGGCUGUCAGAGUUCGGUUACCAGACUUUUUAUUUAAAGGAUCUUUUGUUGCUCCUGUACCUGAGGCCAUUUAGGCAUUAGUGCUGUAAGCCUCUUAGAUCUUUAAGCAGGGUUGACCAGUGUACUGAGGGGCCCAGGUGCAUGAUCCCUUCCGGAAAUUAUCUCUAGUCGGAUUUACUUUUAUCAUAUCAAACCAAACGAUGCAUGUAGCUACCAGAGUUAAACAGUAUUGGUACCAAAUAUCUGAGGGGACAGUUUCACCCAGAGUGGCAGAACUAUGUUUUGCAGCAACGGUAUUCCCAGUUUGAAUUUAGUGCUUAAUCCUGACAUUCCCAUGCUUGUGUGGUCCUCUCUGAGCUACAAAGAACCAUGUUUUAAUUCUAUAUGUGGUAAUAAACUUCAUGUACUAUUCAGGGAGAAACAGCAGGUCAGGGACCAGUUGAGGGAUUAGAAACAAACCAGUAUGAAAAACAAAAUAAACCAGAGUUAAUAAAGAGAAAUGAUGCCUUUGUUGGUUCUCUUCAGCUGCCUACGCUUUAUUGAUUUGACCAUAAACCAGUCAAGGGAAACUUUAAAGAAAACAGCAAUCAGAUGCUAUAGCCUUUGACACAAAUUAAAUCUUCAUGCAGGGUCACAAACACAUUUAAAAUGUGUGUACAGUGGGAAGGUCCCCCGCAAUAAGGCUUAACUCCAUUGUUCUCGGUAACUUGGUAACCAAAGUUUUACACAGAGUGUACACUUUAAAGUCCCAAGUUGGACAGAAGACUGUGAGGUUUAAGACAUAACCGUGUGUUUGAAAAGCCUAUACAACAACUGGUCAACAGAGGAAUUGCCAUGAGAUCUGAGAGCAAAGACCUUCAUCGAUCAAGCACUCUGCCCUAUAUUUUGGAUGCACACUUAUUACCCGUUGGUGUUAGAAAGGCAGGGGGUGAAGUCAAAGCUGAGCCUCGGAGGAGGAAGGCAAUGCAUGACAGCUGUCCAGACCUGGACCAAGAGGCCAAGGCCCGGCGUCAGGCUCAGCUCGAUCAGGUUGAUAAAUACUGAACAUUGAUUUUUAAAAAAGACACAUUCAUUGUCACAAAGGCACAAUGAUGCAAUGAGAGAUCAUUGUAUUAAUAAGUACCCACAUCUCAUUCAUCAGUACCUGUAUACUCAGGUAGUGCUUACUUUUCGGUCAUUUCCUCACAGUAAGUGUCCUUCCGUUACUUUGAUGGUCCUCCAGCGCCAUCUAGAGGCCUACAGGAACAUCCAUCGUCUCCGAGACGCUCUCCGUCGCCGCUAUGCCGCCCUGCUCACGGACAAGGUUCACUCACAGAGAGUGUUUCUGCAGCAGAGAGAUGAGACAGCCAGAGCAAAGCCAGAGAAUGAAACUAAGCAGAAACAAAAGAAGUUGGCCUCCUCCAAGCUGCAGCACAAUGACUCACACCUGAAGUCCCUUCCCAAAUCCAGCUACUACCUGAUCUUUGACCUCCAGAAACAAUUAGCUGAGCGUGGACAUCUGAAGACCCACCACGACUUGGAGGAGUUUUAUAGGUGCAUCAGAUAUAACAGUCAGCCAUCUCAACUACACAAGAGUCUGGAGGAUGUCAGGAAAAGGAUGCUGGAAAGCAGGCCUGCAGCUGAUUUGAUGACUCAACACAAGAUCUCAGAGACACAUCCCUGCACUGCUGAAGAUAAAGGAGAUGAGGACCACUCCAGGUUAUUAAAGCAAGGGUCUGGUCCAGAGGAGAUCUUCGGUGGCAGCCAGGAGAAGGAUGAAAUUGAGCAAAUGUUUCCC